AUGGAGGGGGUCAGUGAGGACGAUCUGUGCUGGCUGCAGCUCGAUGACUUCAGGCUGCUGCUCAUCAGAAACAUCGACCCAUCCAGGAUCACUCCUUACCUCCGUCAGUGUCAGGUGAUCAGCGCUGAGGAUGAGGAGCAGCUCUUCAACGACCCGACGCUCGUCCUCAAGAGGAGAAAAGUUGGAGCACUGCUGGACACCCUGCAGAGGACAGGAUUGAAAGGUUACACAGCCUUCCUGGAGAGCCUGGAGCUCGACUAUCCUCAGCUGUACACCCAGAUCACCGGGAAGGAGCCCAACAAGACCUUCAGCAUCCUCAUCGACACAGGAGGGGAAUCCGCCCUGACUCAGUUCUUGAUGACGGAGCUCAGCCGUCUGCAGAGGGCGCUGCAGGAUGAGAGGCGGCGCCGCCAGCAGGCGUGCUCCGUCGCCAAGGAGCAGGAGGCGUUGUCUCGCCAACAGCAGCUGAAGGACCGCGAGCUGAAGAAGCUGACGGAGCGUGUGCAGAAGAUCCGGGAGGAGCGGGAGCAGCUGAAGGAGGAGGUGAAGCAGCUCAGAGAUCACAACUACAGCCUGAUGUCCGACAUCAACACUCUGAACCAGGAGAAGAGCAACACCUUGUUGGCCAACAGAGACCUGCAGAUAGAGGUGGAGCGCCUGAAGCACACGGUGCUGAGAGCUGAGAGCCAGACUCGACUGCUGAAACGACGGACCUUGAGGCCGCUGCAGGAGAGCAGAAACUUGCCUUUGCCGUCAGAUGACUUCUGCCACCUCAGUACACUUGAGGAACAGAAGGAAGAGAAGCAGGAGGAGACACAGAAGGAGGAGAAGCAGGAGGGUCGGGAGGAGAACUUAAAGGAGCCUCAGCAGCAUCUUCCGUGUCGAGCUUCUCCUCAAAUGAACCUCCUCACCACCGUGUUCAGGCUGAGGAGAGAACUUCACAGAGCCGAGGAGCAGAAAACCAAGAAUGUGGAGGCGAGGGAGGAGCUGGACCUGCACUGCGCUCAGCUGAGAGGAGACGUCAAGAUGUACCGCCAGCAGAGCAAACAGACGCUGCAGCAGCUGGAGGAGGUGGUCCGAGAGAGAGACAAGGCUCUGGUGUCUCAGGCGCAGCAGCAGGAGGAGGCACGGCUGCUCCUGCAGGAGAAGGAUCAAUACCGGGAGCGCGUCAGGCAUCUCACUGAGAAAUCCGACAAGCUGGAGCUCCUCCUGCUGAGGUCACAGGGGGAGGAGCUACAGCUGAGGACACGACUCCGCAAGAUGACCUACAACUCCCAACAGUUUGGGAGGAGCGUGAGCAGCGAGGAGGAGGAGCCCACUGAGAGCGCCGCUAAAGGCAGCAGUGAAGAAGUUCGCAGUGGAACAUCAGGCGAGAACGAGGAGGCGGCCACUCAGCAGCAGGAGCACAGUCCUCCUUUAGGAGGAACCAAUGAGACCGAGCAAAGGCCCAACAACACUGCACCAUGGGAAAAGCAAACGGACAACUUCAUGUCCUCCUCGAGUCAGCCAAACUUCUUUUACCGCAGGAAGCGAGCCCUGAGGUCAAAGUUCAACGGCACGGAGUACGCAUGCGGGACCCUCGACGACAGCAGCGGCAGCGAGAUCACCGAGUCCGACUGA